AUGGUCCAGACCGUGCAGAGGCAGGUGGAAGUGCCACAGGUGCAGUACGAGGACCAGAUCGUCGAGGUGCCCGUGCAGAAGCAGGUGCAAAUCCCAAUGGUCCAAACCGUGCAGAGGCAGGUGGAGAUUCCACAGCUCCAGUACGAGGAUCAGGUCGUCCAGGUGCCGGUGCAGAAGCAGGUCCAUGUGCCCAUGGUGCAACAAGUCCAGAGGGAAGUCGAGGUUCCUCAGAUCCAGGUUGAGGAGCAGGUGGUUCAAGUCCCCAUCCAGAAGCAGGUGCACGUCCCCAUGAUCCAGACCGUGGAGAAGCAGGUGGAGGUGCCACAGAUCCAGUACGUGGACAAGGUGGUGGAAGUGCCGGUCCAGAAGCACGUCCACGUUCCAAUGGUCCAGACAGUGAACCGCGAGAUUGAGAUUCCACAGAUCGAGUACAUCGACCAGCACGUGCACAUCCCCAUCCAGAAGCAUCGCCACGUCCCUGUGCAGAUCCCUGUCGAGCGCCCCGUGGAGGUCAACGUGAUCGAGACCACGGAGAAGGUGGUGGACAUCCCCGUGGUGAAGCAGCGCGAGGUUCCACAGGUCCAGACCAUCGAGCGGGUGGUGGAGAUCCCGAUGGUGCAGGUGGUGCAGAAGGUCGUGGAGGUCCAGCAGGAGGGACAGACCAUUCGUGGCACCGUCAACGAGGUGGAUGUUCCAGGUGAGCGCCGCCGCGAGGAGCAACCGACGCAGACUGUGCAGCAGGUCUUGGCCGGACAGCCUCACCCAGUGGAGGUGGUCCAGGGACAG